GGCUCGCCUCUACCUCCGGCCGGGCCAAGUGGCCGAGCGGCUUUUGCCUUGAGUCGGGGCUGGUUAAGGGGGGGGCUGGCGGCCCGGGGCCGGGGACUUGCAGGCUGCGGCGGCGGGCCCGGGCCUCAGAGCCGGGGCCGGGCAGUGGGAGCCCCCGGGAGCCGCGGGCUACCGCAACUCACCCGGUUCGCUCUUCCCCCCAGCAGACCCCGCCUGCGGGCCGCCGGCCGCGACCAUGGUCUCCAAGUCCGACCAGCUCCUCAUUGUCGUGUCCAUCCUAGAAGGUCGCCAUUUCCCCAAACGUCCAAAGCAUAUGCUUGUAGUAGAAGCAAAGUUUGAUGGAGAACAGUUGGCUACAGAUCCUGUGGACCAUACUGACCAGCCAGAAUUUGCUACUGAGUUAGCCUGGGAAAUUGACAGGAAGGCACUUCAUCAGCAUAGGCUACAGCGUACUCCUAUCAAACUCCAGUGUUUUGCCUUGGAUCCUUUAUCUUCAGCUAAGGAAACUAUAGGUUACAUUGUUCUAGACUUAAGAACUGCUCAAGAAACAAAGCAGGCACCAAAAUGGUACCAGUUGCUGAGUAAUAAAUACUCCAAGUUCAAGUCUGAGAUACAGAUAAGCAUUGCUUUGGAAACAGAUACAAAAGCACCAGUGGAUAGUUUUAAAGCAAAGGGAGCCCCUCCUCGAGAUGGAAAAGUACCUGCUAGCCUCUCUGGACUUGAUCCCAAGGACGUUGUGGCAGUGCUGAAUGAGGAGGAAGGCUACCAUCAGAUCGGACCAGCAGAGUAUUGUACUGACUACUUCAUUAUGUCAGUGACCAUAGCAUUCGCCACCCAGCUGGAGCAGUUAAUUCCAUGUACCAUGAAACUUCCAGAAAGACAGCCUGAGUUUUUCUUUUACUAUUCUUUACUGGGAAAUGACGUUACAAAUGAACCCUUCAAUGAUUUGAUCAACCCGAACUUUGAGCCGGAGAGAGCAUCUGUUCGAAUCCGUAGCAGUAUAGAAAUUCUUCGUGUUUACUUGGCUCUUCAGUCUAAACUACAAAUCCAUCUCUGCUGUGGAGACCAGUCACUUGGAAGUACAGAAAUACCCUUAACGGGAUUGCUGAAAAAAGGUGGUGCAGAAAUCAACCAGCGCCCGGUCACAGUCGAGGGUGCUUUUACCCUCGACCCUCCAAACCGAGCCAAACAAAAACUUGCUCCUAUUCCUGUGGAGCUGGCCCCAACUGUGGGAGUGUCUGUGGCUCUGCAGAGAGAAGGCAUAGACGCCCAGUCUUUAAUUGAAUUAAAGACCCAGAAUGAACAUGAGCCACAGCAUUCAAAGAAGAAAGUUUUAACCCCCAUAAAGGAGAAGACACUUGCUGGGCCAAAAUCACCAAGUGUGUCUCCCGUUCCACCUCACAACCAGUCACCUCCUACAAAAGAUGAUGCAACAGAAAGUGAAGUGGAAAGCUUACAGUAUGAUAAGGACAUGAAACCAAAUCCGAAGGCCGUCAGGUCUUCUGUACCUGCUUCACUGGCCCAGCCAGUGACUACAACAAAUGUUUCAGAAACAGCUUCAGGACAGAAGAUUGCUGUUCCAGCAACAUCGCAUCAUUUUUGCUUUUCAAUAGACUUAAGGAGUGUCCAUGACUUGGAAGUUGGUUUUCCAAUCAACUGUAUAUUAAGGUACUCAUAUCCAUUCUUUGGAAGUGCAGCUCCUAUUAUGACUAAUCCUCCUGUAGAAGUUCGGAAAAACAUGGAAGUUUUUCUUCCCCAAUCUUACUGUGCAUUUGAUUUUGCAACUAUGCCUCAUCAGCUGCAAGAUACCUUCUUAAGGAUUCCAUUGCUGGUUGAAUUAUGGCACAAGGAUAAAAUGAGUAAAGAUUUACUUCUGGGAAUUGCCAGAAUCCAGCUUUCUAACAUCUUGUCUUCAGAAAAAACUCGCUUUUUAGGUUCUAAUGGUGAACAGUGUUGGCGUCAGACUUACAGUGAAAGUGUGCCUGUUAUCGCAGCACAAGGGUCAAAUAACAGGAUAAUAGAUCUUUCUUACACAGUGACUCUGGAAGACUAUGGACUAGUUAAAAUGCGUGAGAUUUUUGUCUCUGACUCAUCUCAGGGUGUAUCUGCUAUAGAACAGAAGCCAUCUUCUCUUCCUCCAGCACCUUGUCCUUCAGAAAUCCAGACAGAGCCUCGUGAAACCUUAGAAUACAAAGCAGCACUUGAGCUAGAAAUGUGGAAAGAGAUGCAAGAAGACAUUUUUGAAAAUCAGCUAAAGCAGAAAGAACUGGCUCAUAUGCAAGCUCUUGCAGAAGAAUGGAAAAAAAGGGAUCGAGAGAGAGAAUCACUAGUAAAGAAAAAGGUAGCUGAAUAUACUAUUCUAGAAGGAAAACUUCAAAAGACCCUAAUUGACUUAGAGAAGCGAGAGCAGCAGCUUGUCAUUGCAGAAUCAGAGCUUCAAAGAGAAAGAAAGGAGCUAAAAUCAGAACGUGAGCGGAACCUACAAGAACUUCAGGACUCUAUUCGCAGGGCCAAAGAAGAUUGUGUUCACCAAGUAGAACUAGAAAGGUUAAAGAUCAAGCAGCUAGAAGAGGAAAAACACCGACUUCACCAGCAGCUUAAUGAUGCUGAAAAUAAGUAUAAAAUUUUAGAAAAAGAGUUCCAUCAGUUCAAGGAUCAGCAAAGCAACAAACCAGAAAUCCGUCUACAAUCUGAAAUAAAUCUUCUCACCUUGGAAAAGGUUGAACUUGAAAGAAAGUUGGAGUCUGCAACUAAGUCUAAACUGCAUUACAAGCAGCAGUGGGGACGAGCUUUGAAGGAACUUGCCAGACUUAAACAGCGAGAGCAAGAAAGUCAAAUGGCUCGUCUUAAAAAACAGCAAGAAGAAUUGGAACAGAUGAGACUACGUUACCUGGCUGCUGAGGAAAAAGAUACAGUAAAAACAGAGCGACAAGAAUUGUUGGAUAUAAGAAAUGAAUUGAACAGGUUAAGGCAACAAGAACAAAAACAGUACCAGGAUUCCAGAGAGAUUGCAAGUGGAAAAAUGGACAGCCCACAUGGCAAUGCGCUGGAAGAAGGUUUGGAUGACUAUUUGACUCGACUAAUAGAAGAAAGGGACACUUUGAUGAGGACGGGUGUGUAUAAUCACGAGGAUCGAAUAAUAAGUGAACUCGACCGACAGAUCAGAGAGGUUUUGGCAAAGAACAGUGCCAGCAAUUAAUAACAUUUGGAAAAUCUUUACAGAGACUCCAGGUCUAAAUUUUAAUUUCGUUGUAAAACCCUCAAAAGAAGGGAAAAUGGAUGUUUUAAAAUGCAAUUUUCAAUUUUUUAUGAGCAGAAUUUUGUAUGUUAUUGUAUAGUAUUUAUUUGAUUUUACUUUAUGCUACCUCUCCCAUGCUGGUUUUAUUUGUAAUUGCAUUUUAUAUACUCAUUUUAAAUGACUUUUCAGUGGUUCUCAUAAUUUCAGGGCUACGUUUCAAAACAGCUUUUCCCUCAGUUUGUUCUAGGAGCAGUGACUACAGUAAUUUCCAGUUGUAGAACCUUUCAUGUUGAGCCAAAAGAGUAUAUGUUGCACUUUAAAAAUGCUGUGCCCUCUUAAUUUGAAUAUACAUAUCUUAAAAUUUGAGACCUAUUGUAAAUGUAGCCAGUUUUAUUUAACUUAUCUUAGAUGACCUGUCUUUAACUUGUAAUACUUGCAAGUGGCAAGUUUGAAAACAGAAAGCGGAUCAAUGCAGAGAAGCCAUAUGAUACAUUGAAUGACAAACUAGUCAUUUAUUUAAAGUUAAUACAAGAUUAAACUUUUUUCAAGAGCUAUUGAAGUUUUGAAUUUUUAGUAUACCCUUAACUUUUAAGAAUAUGAAGUAAUAACUUAAUAAGGUCGUCUUUGUCAGCCUCUUGCUCAAAAUUACAUUGUUUUCUUUUGCUCAAAAUAGAGAUUUCUUUUCAUUUUCCAGUAAUGGUAAUACUAGUUGUUAACUCAAACUCUCUGUAAUAUAACAUGGAAACAGACACACAAAGUCUUCAGCUGGAAAAGCUAGUUUUUACUCCCCUAAUUUUAAUAUGAGAUUAAGUCGUUGGAUUUAUGUAGUGCCAUGUCUGUAUAAACUUUGAAGAAUUCCUUUACAUCGUAUUCUUCAGAGCCAACGUUUGCCCUUCCAUCGCCUUUUACUGCGCCCUGAAAAGGUUUAUUAGCAAAUUCACAGAUUAGGUGAGUCUUAAAAUAUAUGUAGUUUAAAACUUCUGAUUCCCAAAUAUAAUAAAUUUAGGUAUCUACUUUAGGAAGUGUGUACUAUUUACUGAUAACUUCCAUAAAAGCAGAAUAGGCUAUUGGUAACAUUAAUUUUCUGUUGUUUUCCAAAGAGGUCUAUUUCUUUGUUUGGGAAAUUAAAGUCCCUUCACACAUUAUAUGAUUUUCUUUCCUUAUUAACAAAGUAUUAAUCUUCUAAAGACAACCAAGCAAUAAAUAACAAAUUACUGAAUGAGAGAAUAAUGAAUAUGUGAAUCAUAGCAGGAAUUUGAAAUAUUAAUUAUGGUUAGACAUUUUCUCGCAUUGAUUUUCGUGCCACAUGAAUGAAACAGAAGUAUUCUUUUCGUUUCAGAAGGUCUGGGGUAAACGAUGGUGACUGUGCCUUCAAUUGCAUCGUGUGCUGCGUGUGACUACUUUUAAACACUAGAGGGGGCCUUAGAUUUAAAGAAACAAAAAGGACUUUUCUAAAAUGGAUGUGUGGUUUAUUUCGCCUUCUGUAAAGCACUCUUUUGGCUAUGGGAUUUAACAAAUAAAAUCAUAAUUGUUUGUAUCUUUGA